AUGGUAACCAAAGGUGUGCAUAAUGUUAUUGAGUUCCUCAGCGAUGAUUCCCCUGACAUGGAUGUGAUCGAAAUCCCUGGGGAGUUCCUUUUGUAUGUUAUUGAUAACUUCUUCUCCGACAACAAACCUGCUGCGGGGAACUGCAUCGAGGGACAUGGCAGCUCUCUAGGUCGAUUCAAAUCUCAUGUCAGCAACAUAGUGUUUGAUGUAUUCAUAGCUACUUGCCAAGAUCCAGCCCAAAACAUGGAGAGCUCUCAAAUUGAUGGAAGCCAUUAA